AUGCCAUCAAAAAGAUCUGAGGACAAGAAACCAAUAUCAACUAGCAAAUCUCUUGCAGGUGCCAGCAAACCGAAAAUGGCAAACAGCUUUGACUUUGAUAAGCAUGUUAAUUCGAUUGGAGCGCGUCAGUUUCCACCUGGUAAUGUUCGGAGGAAACCUCAUCCUGAUGAUUUGAAAAGAAAAAAACGCCGCACAGUGGAUUCUGAGUCGGACUAUGAUUCUGAAAUGGAUGACUUCAUCGAUGACGGUGAUGAAAAUAUUGAUUAUUCCACGCACAUUAAGGAGAUAUUUGGUUACGAUAAGUCAAAAUAUCGAGACAUUGAUGACGAUGAUGACCCAAUGAUGGAAUCAAGUUUUGCACGUCAACAACGGGAAGAAUACAUCAGCAAGAAAAUUGGUAUCAUGGAAGACUUGGAAGACAUGCGAAUGGAAGCGAUGGAAAAGAAAAAAUCAAAAAAGAGGCGGAUUAGCGAUGACUGA